AACGAAACUGUCAGCUUAACUUCCGCUUCUCGAAUCACUGAAACGCUAAUCUGUCUCUUUUUACUGUCGUUCUUUGACUAAGCAGCACGUAUUCAGGACUAGCUGAGGUUAGGCUAGCAUCCGUAUUCCGGCAUGGUUAACCAUCGUAUCCCGUCGGUCUUUUCCAAGACCUAUGUCACUCCGCGUCGUCCAUUUGAAAAGCCACGUCUCGAUGCGGAAUUGAAAAUUAUUGGCCAGUAUGGCCUUCGUAACAAGCGUGAGGUGUGGCGUGUCAAGUAUACGCUGGCCAAAAUUCGUAAAGCGGCUCGUGAGUUAUUAACCCUGGAAGAGAAAGACGAGAAACGUCUAUUCCAAGGUAACGCUCUGCUGCGUCGUUUAGUUCGCAUUGGCGUGCUGGAUGAAUCCCGCAUGAAGCUCGAUUACGUGCUUGGUUUGAAAAUCGAAGAUUUCCUGGAACGUCGUCUGCAGACGCAGGUGUUUAAGCUAGGAUUGGCAAAGUCCUACCAUCAUGCACGUGUACUGAUUCGUCAGAGACAUAUUCGGGUUCGUAAACAAGUGGUGAACAUUCCCUCGUUCAUUGUACGAUUGGAUUCGCAGAAACACAUUGAUUUCUCGCUGAAAUCUCCCUUCGGCGGUGGUCGUCCAGGACGCGUCAAGAGGAAGAACAUGAAGAAGGGACAGGGAGGCAGCGGUGGAGCUGACGAAGAAGAAGAAGAUUAAAAACUACGAGUUAUCGGCAUUCCUUACCAAAACAGUUGUCAAACCCGUUGAGUAAGGAACGUUAUUAAACAUAACUUCGAACAUACUAAAUAUAUUUUAA